AUGGCCGGGCUCGCCCGGCCGUUCCUGGGCACGUUGGAGACGCUCCCCAAGGCCAUCCUCAAGGGCGACUACGAGCCCCUGGGCAGCCACUACAGCCAGGAGCUCAGAGACCUUGUGGCAGAGAUGCUGAAGGCGGACCCUGCAGAGCGGCUGGAGCUGCCCCUUGCGCUGCAGCGCGAGGUGCUGAGAGCGCCCCUGCAGCGCUCCAGGGAGGCGCUCGGCCUCGAGGAGCCGCGGGUCCUCGACGCCCUGCCCAGGGUGCGGCGAGAAGACCGGAAGGUGGUCGAGGUGCGCCCGCCGUCGCCCGAGGCGCCGCCCGCGAGGCCGGCGGCCAAGGCCCUCGACCCGGACGAGAUGAUCGGGUACAACACCAUGGUCCGCCGAGCGGGGGCGCCGCCGCUCAUCCCCGCGGGAGGCGCCGCGGCCGCCCCCUCCGCGGACGCGCCCAGCGCCUUCGCGACGCGCUUCGCCAACGCGAGCCUCGCCGGCAGCGUCCUCGCCACCAGAG